AUGGAAUGUGCGAGGGCUUUCUUGUUUUUUUUCAACUUUAUUUACUUGGUGAGUACCCCGAGGAACAGCUUAAAGCAACUAAGCAUAAUUAAAACCUUCAUGUUCGUUCACCGUUCGUGAGAUUAUUUAGACGUUCUUUUCCAAAUUGAAUCGAUACGAAGAAACAUAAAGGGCUCCAAUUUUUGCGAUAUGAUUUUUCAGUGCUCGUACUUUUUCCGGACUGAUUGACUGAUGAUUGGCUGGUCAAAAAGUUCUUAUAGAUAUAUGAAUAAAGGGGUAAGUUUCUAAAGAAACUGUGGUGUUGCGUUGGUGGGAGAGUAUAGCAGGUAAUUUAGUGUUAACAACUGUGUUGAAAACGUAAAUUAGCCAUCGUAAAGGGUAAAAAAGCUGACGUUUCGAGCGUUAGCCCUUCGUCAGAGCGAUAAGAGGAAUUGUGGGUUGUGUGUGGAUUUAUAUGUAGAAAGUGGAGCUACGCCAUCGGUGGGAAUAUGGUGACGAGAAAACAGGAUUAAAGGCCGCAAACUGCUAUAUGCUGUUUAGAAUGAUAAGGAAGAUUAAAGUGUCUAGCGACUGGUUUGGAUGCCUUUCCUUACAUCUAGGCAGUUUGGAAAGCCGUAAAACACUAGAACAAAAAUUUAUAUUCCAAAUCGGCACCCUUAAUCCCCACGGGAUCAACGAGCGCUUUUCAUUCAGCUAAUUUAUUCCUGUUUUCUCUUCACCAUAUUUCCACCAAUGGUGUAGCUCCACUUUCUACAUAUAAAUCCACACACAACCCACAAUUCCUCUAAUCGCUCUGACGAAGGGCUGACGCUUGAAACGUCAGCUUUUUUACCCUUUACGGUGGCUAAUUUACGUUUUCAACCCAGUUGUUAACACUAAAUUACCUCUUAUAGAUAUAGCCUAUCACAGACACUGAGACAUAAUUCCUAUCUCAACGAGCCGUUAAAAUUAUUCGUAAUUAGACAGCUGAAUGCCUGACACUAAAUCCUAUUUGCAUGGAACCCGAGCACCCAGUUGUAUCUACUGUUUGUGUAAUUGACCAAGCGUGAGAUAUAAAUGGAUGGAUAUCAGCCAAGUUCUUUUUCCGGUUUUUAAAUCUUGAUUGGAAGUCGUGGAAAACAGCAGAAAUGUUCUUGGAGUAGUCAUGGAGAGUCGUGGAAUUUCAUACUUAAAUUAAAAGAGUACAAACUAUGCGUGUAGACUUAGUUGAUAAUUAAUGUACAUGAUUAUUUCACCUACAUUGUAAUAUUUUCUAGGGUGUAUCUGGUGCUGUCAUUUUUGUUGCGGCAUUGCUAAUUAAAAAAUAUGGCGACAUUACAAAGAUUACAACUGAUGAGUACACUUUGGUACCAUGUGGAAUCCUAGUUGGAGUGGGUGUCCUGAUCUUUAUCACUGCCUUGUUUGGUUGCUGUGGAACAUGCCGUGAUAACAAAUGCUGUCUGUCCACGGUAAAACCUUGAUUAACUUAACAUGUGAUUGAACUGCAUCUAUAAGAAAACAAAAUAAUUGUAGUGAUAAUUUUGAUAAUAAAUAUUCAAUUUUGAUGAAGGAAGAUGCUAAUUAUGUGUAAUGUGUGGAACAGAUUUGUAGAUAUGUACCAUUGAUUUGUGGCACAGAGCUUCAAACUUGAUAUCCAGAUACCCACCAACUGAAUUACAGAGAACUUUUUGCUGAGCAAGGCCAUAUAUUAGCUUUAUAUCUGGCCAGCUUUCUGCAUAUUGCUAAGAUCAACAAUGUUAAGAGCACUAUAUGUACUUCAUAGAGAGUCUUUUGUUCCUGGUAGGGAAUAUUAAGGGGCCUUCAUCUGACAAGAAGUGUUUGAUUUAUUUUACAACUUAUUUAUUGGGAACUAUUAUGCAAAAUCUACAAAGUGUAUAAAAAUUAAAAUCCAGUUUUAAGAAAUCAUUAUGUAUAAGAGACAACAGGAUGUUCUAUGUGCAGUGAGUGUAUGACCUUUUACCUUGCAGUUUUUUGCACUACUUCUCAUUGUGUUUGCAUUGGAGAUUACAACAGGUGUCUUAGGAUAUAUCUACAAGGAUAAGGUACAUUUUUUUGAUGUAUUGUCGUGUUGUCUUUGGUAAUAAUACAUACAUGUAUCCUUUAUAAAACAUACAAUAGUAUGAGGAAUCAGAUGAAACAUUUAUUGGUCACAAUCAAACUAAAGUUCCCCUAUCUUAUAUCAAAUACAGUGAUCACUUAGUAAAUCAUCAGCUAGGAGAUGAUGAAAAUUGUAAACUUAAGAAGUUGACAUGGCAGGUUUCAGUAGUAUGGAUCAUAUCUGUUUACCCAUAGUCUAACUCAAUCAGGUCUGAGAGAAAAAUAUGAAACAAUGUAAUACAUUCUUCAAGUCCAACUGCUCUGUAAAUUUUAUUUGAUGGAUUAACAAAUAAUAUGCAGGGAUAUUUGGCAGGUUGUGAAGUAUUUUGAGUAAGCAAAAAUUCAAGCAAUGAGUAAAUUGUCUGCUCAUAUUAAAUGUUGAACCAUCCAAAAGGAAUUUAUUAUUCCACUAUUAUUUCACUUUUUAAUAUUUUUAUUGUAGUUGCAAAAUACAGCCUUUGGCCCCAUCUUCGCAUUUUCUUAAUAGAAUAAGGAGUAUGCAAAAGACAAAUUUGAAACAACACAAACAAAACCAUUAAAGUGUUCUUUGUGAUCAACCAAAACAAGAUAUGUUGUGCUGAAAAGUUCAUUUCUUACAAUUCAAACAAAAAACAAAUCAAAGGGCUCUUGGAGCUAGCUCAUUAAUGUUAUGGCUUAAGUUUGUAUUGAUUUCCCGGACUUGCUGAAUUUAGGUACAGUUGAAUUUGGUUUAUGUGAACUUUCAAGACUUUUGGAAUACAUUUUCUUUUAUUUUUGGGCAGUCCAGAAAGCAAUGCUUUGCUUUCCCCUGUAAAAAUUUAUGAAAAAUUUGCCAGUUUCUCAUGUAUAGAAAUAACAAUAUAGGGCACAUAUGUGAAAAUCAGUGUGUGUACACCUCUGAAUAGUGGCAUGUCAUUUACAUCUACAUCUACUUUCAUUUAGUUGGUAAAUUCUGUAUAGACAUCACACCAACCAACUCGCGCGCAAAGUGAGAAUACUAUAUGAUGCCUUGAAAUUAUAUUAUGAUCAAUUGUGUGACACUUGGUAAGUUGUAAGAUGAAAUGUCAUGUAUAAGACGAAAAAACAGUAUAAACUCUCAGUCUGCAUUCUGUACCCGGUCUGUAGUCUGCAUUUUGUACCUAUUCAGCAUGUUGUACCUGGUCUGCAGUCUGCAUUUUGUAUUGACCAGAUUGGUAUUGCUUUUUUCGUUGGAGCAAGCUUCAAGUCCAAACUGAAAUAUUGGGGCUCUAAAAAAAUUUUUAGUGAGACUAUCUUGGCUGCAAUGAUUGAUGUGUGGACUGUAUGAUGAGGACCUCUCGAGAACAAGCACAAUGAUAGGGCAACAAUUACUUUAGACCAACUGAAGAUAAAUGCAAAUGUGCCCUGGUGAAAAACCUCACAGGAUCUUUGAGGAUCUUCAAGGAUUGACAAAGACCUGCCAAAGAUCCUUAAGGACAAGGAUCUUUAAAAGAUCUUUAAAGGAUCUGUAAAAGAUCCUCAAAGAUCUUUGUAAGCAAAAAUGUUUGUUAAGAUCCUCAAGGAUUUGAUAAGGAUCCUCAAAGGAUAUUACAAAGAUCCUCAUAAGGAUCCUCGCAAAGUUCUUUUCAAGGAUCCUUCAAGAUCCUCAAGGAUUUAGCAAGGAUCUUUCAAAGACCCUCAAAAGAUCCUUUCAAGGAUCCUUUCAAGAUCUUUAUAAGGAUCCUUAAGGAUUUAAUCAGGAUCUUGCAAGGAUCCUAGUCAAGAUCUUUGCAGGAUCUUUUUGAGGAUCUUUCAAGAUCCUCAAGGAUUUAAUGAGGAUCUUUUAAAGACCUUCCAAAGAUCCUUUCAAGGAUCCUAUUAAGAUCUUUGCAAGGAUCCUUAAGGAUUUGAUCAGGAUCUUACAAGGAUCCUACUCAAGAUCUUUGCAAGAUCUUUUCAAGGAUCCUUCAAGAUCCUCAAGGAUUUAAUGAGGAUCUUUUAAAGACCUACAAAAGAUCCUUUCAAGGAUCCUGUAAAGAUCUUUGCCAGGAUCCUUAGGAAUUUGAUCAGGAUCUUACAAGGAUCCUUAAGUCAAGAUCUUUGCAGGAUCUUUUCAAGGAUCCUUCAGGAUCCUCAAGGAUUUAAUGAGGAUCUUUUAAAGACCUUCAAAAGAACCUUUUAGGGAUCCUGCUAAGAUCUUUGCUAAGAUCCUUAAGAAUUUGAUUAGGAGUUACAAGGAUCCUAGUCAAGAUCUUAGCAUGAUCUGUUCUACAAUCCUUCAAGAUCCUCAAGGAAUUGAAAAGGAUCUUCCAAAUAUCUUUAAAAGAUUCAUUUCAUGAUUUUGUACAGCUCUUUGUAAGGAUCCUUUUUGAAUUUGAUGUGGAUCUCAAAGGCAACUUUGUCAAGAUCUCUACCACAUCUCUGCAUUAUGAAUUAGGUUCCUUUGAAAUCCUCAAGUAAUUUCAAACAUAACAAAAUUGUAAAUUGAGGGCUCACUGUUUUAUAAUUUAAACACAACAAGGAAUUUUCGCAGAAAAUUAUUGUGCAAUGAGUGUAAUGAAGGUUACCGCAUAGGAACGCCUUGCUCGAGGCUUUCGGGAAACUUUGUGACUACUUACAUGACACGAAAUAGGGUUUUGCAUUAUGGGAUAGGAAUUUAUACGCGCCGAGAUUUUUAACGGUCGCAUAAAAACAUAAGAAGCUCGUUGUCACGGCAAAUAUCAUCGACAAUGGUCGGAACUAAAGGGAAAAUGUACACAGAAAUAAAAGUAAAGGAAAGGCGUUUUCUGGAGUUCAGAAACAAGCGAAAAGAGAGACAGAAACAACCGAAAUCGUCAAUCGAACUCCAAGCAGGUCUCGCGAUUGCUCUGACUCUGGGGCUGAAUGAAAAGAAUUCAUUGGUACUUCUGGAAAGAAAAUGAAGAUGCCAUCCUCGCCUAAUGAUUCUUACUCUGAGCUCUUGGAGAGUGAGGAUGCAAAUGAUGUGUUAUAGGGACAAGGAUACAGGCUUAUCGAUCUAGAGAGAUUCUCCUCGACGCUCACUGAAGGACAUGUUUCUGAAGAAGGUGUGAAUUUACUUGGUUCUGUGUAACCAACUUAAAAAGCUCUUUUAGAGGUUGUCAUAUGAAUUCCCGAAAACACUUAUUUUGUACCUCAGGAUGUAUUAGUUCAAUUAAUCUGAAGUUUUCAGGGCUGUAUCCUCUUACUGAGUUGAGUUGGAUAAGCUGACAGUUUCUCUUUAAGCUGAAUUUUAAGUAAGAUAUUGUGGAAUAACUCACCUAAUAAUCUCGGUGAACUUUGAACGGGCACUGUGCCCAUAAUAUAAACGACUCCAAAAGUUCCUCAGCUCAUCCAAAAGAACGACCCUAGUACUUUGUUUUGACACUAAAAACACUCGAUUUCAUGCAAUCUUUGUGCAGUUAUCUUUUCUCAAGUAUACCUAGGUUUUUCACACCAUGUGGUGGACAAAUUGAUCUGAUGUCAAAUAACAAAUUAGUUUAGGGCAACAUAUUAGUUAUAUUCAGUAUGUGUGAUUCCUAAGCUUUCCUUUGGUAUAUAGGUUAAUAUGGUUCAGAAAUAUAGUCAUUGAAGUACUCUUGUUUGCCUUUUUUUCAUGUUUACCCCCUCUGUAAGAGUAGUCUGAGUCUGGUCAUAGUCUAGUCCUAGACAAGUUUAACACAUAUAUUUUGGUCUUCUUAUCUUUGAGCUGGACUGUUGCCAGAUUUUUUGGAAAAUGAAAAUCUUAGUACUAACCUAAAGUCUGAACAGAAAUAGUGUAGAAGUAGUCCUACUAGAAGAGGAUGGGUAAUUCUCGUUUAGCAAUAAAAAAAAGUUUUAUCUUCAUUUUUUUAUGUUUGGUUCAAUUUUUCUUUUUAACUUAGUAUGAGGAUUUAAGUAUGCUUAUUUUCUUGUCAAAAUUUCGAAGGUUCUAUAACAUUCUUGCUAAGAUCUUCAAAAGAUCUUUCAAUUUAUUGCCAAGAUCUUUAAGGGUCUUUUAUUUUCUUUCCAAGAUCUUUAAGGAUCUUCAAAAUUUUCAAAAAGAUCCUUGAAGAUCUUGGCAAGAAAAUGAGAGAUCCUCAAAGAUCUUAACAAGAAUUUGGAAGAUCCUCAAAGAAUUUUCAAAGAUCUUUAAAGGAUCUUCAAAGUUCAUGUAAAGAUCUUUGAAGAUCCAGACAAGAUCUUCAAGGAUCUUGACAGGAAAAUGAAAGAUCCUUAAAGAUCUUGUCAAGAAAGUCAAAGAUCCUCAAAGAUCUUGGCAAGAAAAUGAAAGAUCCUUGAAGAUCUUGGCAAGAAAAUGAAAGAUCCUUGAAGAUCUUGGCAAGAAAAUGAAAGAUCCUUGAAGAUCUUGGCAAGAAAAUGAAGGAUCCUUGAAGAUCUUCACAAGAAUUUUGAAGAUCCUCAUGAAGAUCCUCAAGAGGAUCCUCAAAGGUCCUCAUGAAGAUCUUGUAAGAUCCUUAAAGAUCCUUGAAAGAUUUUCACCAGGGUGAGGCUUAACAAUAUGGCUGCCUCUGAUACCCUUCUGCAUGGUCAUAGCAUGUGUUGAAAUGAACCUGCUACAGAUCCCUAGGUGUGAACAUUUCAGCUUCUUGAUUCAAGUUGCAUUUUUAGAAAUUGGAUUUGAGGUUAUGAUUUUUAUUAAACCAUAUGAACAUUUUAUUUCUUUCCACACGAGUUUCUGAGCUUCAUUGAAAUUAAUUUUGACUUUUACUAAGUGGGGAGGGGUAGCAUGCAAGACUACUUCUGUUCAUGGUCCACAUUGCAACUUUCAUCUACGGAAUACAACUUCCGUCUAUGGUCAAGAACUUCCAUCAACAUCUGCUUCACCACAAUACCUCAUUCAUUGCUUUCAGCAUGAAUGAGUGAAAAACACCAAAGCUCAGAUUGCUAAGCAAGGUGAUUUAUAGGGUAGUACCAUAUUUGGCGUUUUAUCAUGACUUAGUUUGGUAAAAUGACAUAGUAGUGGAAUGCUAUUGUUCAAUAUUAUGUGAUAUGAUGGAGCAAAUGAUCUUUGUGUCCGAUCAAAUCAAGCUUUAAAAAAUAUUAACUUUAGAAUAAGGGGAAAGAAGUAAUCUUCCCAUCUUUAGAUUGAUCCACUGCACCCUUACCCUCAGCUGUAGUUUAAAAUCCCCUCACUGUCUGAUUUCAACCUUUACCCCCAGUGAGUACCUUCUUUCUUAUCUAUUUGCCCUUCACCCUUUCCUCUACCCUUAACCUAUAUUUUAGCAACAUCACACCCUAAACUUUAUCUUUGAUUGAGUGGUUUCAAAUUGAGUGCCAAGGUAUGUUAGUUGUUUUCUUUCCUUGAUAAUAUAACAAAGAGAGUGGGGAAAUACACAUACUGCUGUCUAGCUUUUAAGAGACUACUUAUUAACAAGUAGGUGACAUCCACUUUUUUUUGUUUCUGUCUUUAGGCUAAAAGCUUUGUGCAGGAUGGUUUCCAGGAUGCAAUCAAGCAUUAUGAUGAUAAAGACACAACUUUAGAUAAAGCUGUAGAUGGACUCCAGAAAAAUGUUAGUGUAUUUACUUCAUAUAAUCCAAGUAGAACUGAAUCAUAUUAUGGGGAGCUCUCAUUACCACAGAAAAACCCUUUAUUGCUGGAAUAAACAAUUCAAAAAGUGAAAAUUUACUUAAGACAUGCACUGUAUAAUGAUUUGUAAAUCUGUCUGAAAGCUCUUGCCUUAUUAAAAUCCAUGUAGAUAAAGCACCUAAAUUUUGGUUUCUGCAUGCAUCCAUGCAUGUCAGAAGGGUGUCCUGAAUACAGAUUCUUUUUCAAUUCAUAUCAUGGGAGAAAUGAAUUGGGAAUCAGUUACAGGUUUCACUCAAUUGACUGAUCAAAAUGUGAAACCAAAAAAAUUAUGUAUAUGUGGACAGCAAAGAAAUUAUUAUAAAAUAUCUAAGAAAUAUUUUUACUGACAGUGUUUUAUCCUAAGGAUCUCCCUGUACAGCUGGUAACCGGUCGUUUUGCCAACAAGUUGUUUCACCAACGUCUCUGGUCAGUUCGCAAACGUGUAGAAGUCAGUUCACAAAUGUUUAGAAGUCAGCUUGCAAAUGUUAUAAACAUUUCACCUGUGUCACUAAGCAGCCAUGUUAAUAUUUCAUCCCAAGGUGGCAGCAUUUUUAUCCCGUGUCUAAACAUUUGCAAACUGACCUCUAAAUGUUUGCAAACUGACUUCUACACAUUUGCAAACUGACUAGAGACAUUUGUGAAACAACUGUUGGCAGAGUGAGUCGUUGGUGAAACAAUGGACAUCUGUACAGCUAUGUUAACAAAACUGAAUAUUUAUGUUUUGCAGCUGAAAUGUUGUGGCAAUGAGAAACCUACUGAUUGGCUUCCAUAUGCUUUGAAACAUCAUGGCCAAUACCCUCAUUCCUGCUGUCCUCCAGCAACAUUGAGUUGUACACAAUUCAAUGUAUAUGAUAAGGUAAGAACCAGUAAUAAACUCUUUCCUUUUUGCCCAUCAACUGUCAAAUUCUGGUCUCCAUCUACCUUCCAGCAACCACCAAGGAAGUAAGAUUUAUACAACCCACAUACCUCAGGAUGGUAAAACUAGAGGAGUGACUUGUACUGCUAUGGCUAACUCUUCUAGCCUUAUUUACAAAAUAAAAACUUACCACUGAAUUCCAUUAAUAAUCUUAUAUGCCCCCUGUGACUUAUUCAUUUCAAAGGCUUCCAGAUGUGGGUUGUUAGGAGAAAUUCUUUCUUGGCCACUUAUGGGAAUUAAAGGGUUAAGUAUCUACUACCUACAAAGUAAAAUGGAAACAGGAAACAGGUACAGGCUUUUGAGUUGAAAAGCUACCUAGCCUCUAUGUAUAACAACUACUAUCAUUUUGGUGAUGUUGUUUAAGGGGGAAUGGUAGUCAGGAGAGAACUGGGCUUCUUAGUGAGAAGGAAUCUUAUUAAUCAUUUAUGGUAUUUGUACAUUGUAUGUAGGGCUGCUUGAAAAAAUUGACUGAGGAAGUUGAAGACAACCUUAGUUACAUUAUGGGGUCAGGUAUUGGACUGGCUGUGCUUCAAGUAAGUACCAAUUACAUUGGCAGAAAUAUUGCCAUUCAGAGUGAAUAUUUCAUUGAGAAUUAAAGAGUAUGAGUUGUUUUGACUUUACCUGAAGUAUGAUUUGGGUAGAAUUUUACUCUGGUAUAUGAUUAUCUCUAAAAACAGGUUUUCUUAUAGUUGGGAGAGAGUUUUUUUUAUCCCAUGCAAUAUUUAUAUCCCCUUCCCUUCAAGGUUCUUUUUUUUUUUUCGGCUGAACCACAACCUCUGCCUAACUUGUCCUCUGGAUGUAAAAGUGUUGUUUCACUUUUUCUUCCAAACCCUUGCAAUUAAUUUUUCUUGGGAUUUCCAGUAACCUAGCUAUCCAUGAUAGGAUGAGAUAAAAUAUACUUUUAGCAUAAGUCUUGUUGACAGCAUGAGGUGGUAACUCACUCUCAUUUUGUUGUGUGAUUUCUCACAGCUAGUUCUUUAUUUUAUAUGGAGCAAUUUAUUCAAUUUGAAGGUAGGAGACAACCUAUAAUCUUCUCCUUUAUCAACAGCUGCUGGGAAUGAUUGGAGCAUGUUACUUGAUGUGUAGUCAGCGGUCAGGAUACCUUCGAAUGGAGGGUGGAUUGCGAGUCUGAUCAGAUGGAUUCUCACAGCUCAUUCUUUUGUUAGACUUAGAAAAUGUAAAGCUGUUAUGUUCUGUUUUGUUAAUGUGGAUCAUGAUGUGAAGGGUUGUUCUAGUCAUGUCAGUGGUCUAUUUGAAUUCAGGAGAGAGAUUGUUAAAUUUUUGGCCAAGUUCGCUGGGUGCUUCUGUUUUUGUUCAUUGAUGCGAUAAAUUGUACUAAUUUCAUACAUACUGAGAGUGACAUUGUGAAAUAUCAUCUUGCUCGUGUCUCUGAUUGGACGAAAAAAUGUAUUUUCAGAGUCGUUUGCUUCUAGUCUUUGAAAUGCGUUGGUCUCAGUAUGUAUGAAAUAAAAACUUUACAUCAUGGAGUAAUCUCUGUUUAUAACUGGUGUUUUUGAUAUGUUUUAAGAAACAAUCGUGGUCGUUUUAUAAUCUGCUAUUGUUGAAAAUGGAUGCAAUCAGUUGUAAUGGAUAGAGCGCUCGGUUCAUUUAAAAUGCAGGUUCUGUUUGUUAAUUAAAAAUUGCUGGCUCACUUGGUUUUACCAGUAAUUAUUUAUGUUCGUUUUCACCGAACCAGGUGUAGAACAGAACCAAAUAUAGUUAUAUUAGCUUC